AAACCAAGGGAGCCAACACAUCAGACUUGGCUAAGCACCUCGCCGACCGGCAUCCAGAGCUGUUUAAAGAAUUUAAAGACAGACAGCCAACAUCCAGGGAGCCAGCACUAAAGAUGGAAGAUGCAUCAGGAAAGCUUCAGUACUGGAGACUUUAUCUGCUGUCGAUGGUGUUGGGAAUUGGGGGAUCGUUUCAGUAUGGGAUUCAAGUUUCUGUCAUCGCUUCUCCAGCAGUGCAUGUUCAGAGUUUUGUGAACCACACCUGGUUGUGGAGGUACGGAGCUCCAGUGGAUGACUCCUCCAACCAGCUCAUCUGGUCCUUCAUCGUGGCCGUGUUGAGUCUUGGGGCCGUGGCCGGGGCCGUUCACAGCGGCAGCAUUCCCGUCACUUACGGCAGGAAAAAAGCUCUCUUGUUCAACAAUGUAGUGGCGAUUGUGGCUGCCAUUCUCAUGCUCUUCAGUCGAAUGGCCAAGUCUUUUGAGAUGAUCUUGCUGGGCAGAUUCCUCUACGGAUAUAAUGUUGGUCUUGGCUUGAGUGUGCACCUCAUGUACCUCGGAGAGAGUUCUCCAAAGAAACUCAGGGGUUUCAUGACUCUCACAGGCUCAAUAUUCAUUGGAUUUGGAAAGGUCAUUGGUCAAAUAAUUGGCAUCAAGGAGAUAAUGGGAACAGAAGACAUGUGGCCAUACCUCUUAGCUGUCAGUGGUAUUCCUGCCAUCCUGCAGCUUGUGACGCUGCUUUUCUUCCCUGAGUCACCCAGAUACCUUUACAUUGACAAAGGAGACACUGAAGGCAGCAUAAAAGCUUUGCAGUGGCUGUGGCAGGAGGACGACUUAAAACUGGAGCUGGACGACAUGAAGAAAGAGAGAGAGAGCACUCAGGGAGAGAAGGCGAAGACUGUGAAGGAUGUCCUCUGCUCUCGCUGUGUGAGAUGGCAGCUUCUGACUCUCAUCAUCCCCUGUGCCGGGGUUCAGUUCUGCGGCAUCAACGCUCUGUAUUUUUACGCCUUUGACAUCUUCCGUGAGUCUGGAGUGCCUGAGAACCAGAUGCAUUACUUGGCCAUUGGCCUUGGAGCCACAGAGCUCUUCACAGUGACACUGUGUUCCUUCUUGAUAGACCGUGCAGGCAGAAAGAAGCUGAUGGGCUACGGCUAUCUACUGAUGGGUAUCACCAUGUGUGUACUCACUGUCAUGCUGUCCAUCAAGGAUCUGAAUCCCUGGAUCCCCUAUGUGAACAUCGGCCUGAUAUUCUGUGUCAUCUGCAUUUAUGGACUUGGACCAUCUGGAGUGUCUAUGGCUCUUCCUGCUGACCUCUUCCUACAAGCAUGGCGUCCUUCUGCUUAUGUGAUCAGUGGGACUGUCAACUGGAUUAGCAUGUUCCUCGUGGCGAUGUUGUUCGGCUACAUUGUGGAUGCACUAGGACAGUUCUGCUUCCUGAUUUUCGUUGCUUACAGCAUUUGCAGUGCAGCGUUCCUGUUAUAUUUUGUCCCAGAGACCAAAGGAAAGACAAUGGUAGAGAUUAUGGAGGAUUUCAACAAGCUGAAUUACAAGAACAGGGGCGCUGACACUGAAAGGACUGACAUUGAUCUUGCUACUAAAUGUUAACAUGUUUUUUUUAUACUUUAUUUAUCAGCUGCAAAUUGUUCUGCAUGAAGCUUUGAACAUUCACUUUGCAGUUAAAAUGUGAAACUGUAUUUUAAAAAUAAACCAUGUCAUCAACACAA